AUGAGUCUAUACGGGUCCCAGAGUGGGCUUCAUGUCAGCAGCAGUGCCGGGUCCAGGCCCGACAUGAGUGGGGGAACUGGACAGUAUGCCCGGAGCGAAGUGCACGGUGGUAAUGGAUACGGACAGGAGUACAUGGACGAAAAUACUUACAGCUACUCAAAGACUUCCAUGGGAGGUGGUGGGGGAGGACAGGGGUAAGAAUGAUGUUCUUUUUUCAUAAGGCCAUUCAUUGUGCUGUAGGCUACUGUGUUAAGAUUGAGGUUGUAACCUCAUAUAAAUAUCUUGGAAUUCUAAUUGAUGACGGCCUCUCUUUUAAAUUGCAUAUUCAACAACUUACAAAAAAAUUGAAGCUGAAAUUGGGAUUUUAUUUUAGGAAUAAGGCCUGUUUUUCUUUUGAAGCCAUAAGGAGGCUAGUAUCAGCUACAUUUAUGCCUUUACUAGACUAUGGGGAUAUUUUAUAUAUGAAUGCUUCCGCUCAGUGUUUGAGAUCAAUUGACACUCUUUAUCAUGAUACUUUGAGAUUUAUUUUAAACUGCAAAACCCUUACGCACCACUGUACUUUGUAUACCAGGGUUGGCUGGCCUUCUCUAGUCACUCGUAGGCUCAGUCACUGGUAUACUUUUAUUUACAAAGCCAUUUUGGCUUUACUACCUUUUUAUUUGGGCAUUUUUAUUGUUCAGAAAUGUGGUGGGUACUCUCUUCGUUCACUGGACUUUAUCCUGCUAACUGUUCCAAAUGUCCGAACUGAAUUUGGUAAAAGGUCUUUUAUGUACUCUGCGCCAUCGUCUUGGAACACCUUACAAAAUAAUUUUAAACUGGAAGAACUUGUCCCGAUUGGUGUUUUUAAAUCUCUGAUGAAGGAUUUUGAGGCUGAUUCCCUGACCUGUCAAUGUCUUUAAUUUGCUGUUUUUGAUAUUGUUAUACUCUUGUGAAUUCAUGAAUGGUUUUUACUAGAUUACUUGUAGUUUUUCAUGUUGUCUGUCUGUAAUUUUUUGUAAUGACUUGGUGCUGCCUAUCUUGGCCAGGACGCUCUUGAAAAAGAGAUUUUAAAUCUCAAUGAGCCCUUCCUGGUUAAAUAAAGGUUAAAUAAAAUAAAUAAAAAAAGUUAAACAAAUGCUUUCACUUGCCCGUAUACAUUUUAACUAGGCCACUGAAGAUAAAUGCAAUGCACUAUAUAACUGUCAUCUAACAAUUUCCAUCAAUUUCAUGAUUUUUUUUUAAUGUCAAGGUCUUGAUUUAGUCGGGGGGAUAAUUAUAGGCCUGUGUCGUUGUCAUAUAUAGCCUAAGCUAUGGCAGGGGCAAAUAGUAUUAUCUCGGUGUGUGCCGACCCAGUUAAUAAUUUAUUAGGCAGCAUUGAGAGGUCUUUGUUUCCAAGAAUAACGACCUGCUGUCCUAAACUUUGACAACCCCAAAAAAUUACAGAAAAUGAAACACACAGCAAAUUAUCCAAUGUUAAAUCAACACUGACAGUUUUACAUUUAACACUGGGCCAUUGUAUAUGGUCCACACUUUUCAGUAUUACAUUUAAACUGUGCUUAGAGCUGACACGUUACACUUUUUCAGUGUUAGGUAAUGAACACUUUUAGGGUUAUGCAAUACCACCUCAAAUAGUAUUUUUAACACUAGGAAGUGAAUGUAGUUUACACCAAUGGUGUUAUGCAAUUAUUAUUAUUUUUAACAGAACUUAAACAACUUAAUACAAAUUACAGAACUUCAUAAAAAUAUAUUUUUUUAUGGGCGCUUUCUGGACAGGACCCUCCCCCGAAUCGUAGAGCCGGGACAGAGCGUCGGCCUUGGUGUUCUUAGAACCUGGGCGAUAGGUCAGCGUGAAGUCAAACCUUGUGAAGAAAAAGGCCCACCUUGCUUGGCACAGACUCAGCCUCCUCGCUGUCCGUAUGUACUCCAGAUUCCGAUGGCUGUGAGAAUUAUGAAAGGUUCCUUGGCGCCCUCCAGCCAGUGUCUCCAUUCCUCUAAUGCCAACUUCAUCGCCAGCAGCUCACGAUCACAGACAUCGUAAUUCCUCUCUGCAGGAAACAGUUUCUUAGAGUAAAACGCACAUGGGUACAACUUCUGUGGGUUACCCUGUCGUUGAGACAGAACUGCCCCUACGCCUACAUCUGAAGCGUCCACACACAAAGGAUGUCGUGGGAUCUGGGUGUUUGAGCACUGAGGCGGAGGUGAAACGUUCUUUGAGUAGAAAGAAGGCCUCGUUGGCUGCUGGGUUCCACACCAACCUACGGGGCCCUCCUUUAAGGAGAGAGGUGAGAGGAGCGGCGACAGAGCUGAAGUUCCUGAUGAAGCGGCGGUAGAGGUUGGCAAACCCCAAAAACCGUUGUAACCCCUUUAAGGUGGUUGGAACUGGCCAUGACCUGACUGCAUCUACCUUCUUGUCGUCCAUCUUCACACCCUGUGGACUGAUUUAGUAGCCUAAGAAGGACACUGUCCUCUGGUGAAAUUGGCACUUCUCAUCCUUGACGAACAGGUGGUUGGCGAGAAGGCGUUCCAGGACUGCUCGAACGUGAAUGUGAUCCUCCAAGGUAGCCGAGUAGAUCAGGAUGUCAUCGAUAUACACGACCACCUGGCGGCCGAGCAUGUCCCUGAACACCUCGUUAACGAAUGCCUGGAACACUGAUGGAGCAUUGGCUAAGCAAUAUGGCAUUACCAAGUACUCGUGGUGACCAGACAUCGUGCUAAAUGCCGUCUUUCACUCAUCCCUCUCCCGGAUGCGGAUGAGAUUGUAUGCACUCCGCAGGUCCAGUUUGGUAAAGAACCAGGACCCGCGGAGCUGCUCGAUGGCACCAAUGGGAGAGGGUACCAAUACUUUGAGGUGAUUUCGUUGAGUCCUCUGUAGUCAAUGCAGGGACGAAAAAUAGAGAGAGCAUUGAAGUAGGAAGCCACGGCAUUUUGAUGGUGUACCGUCAUAUUUAUCGGGGUGGAAUAAAUGGGCAUCGCUUACCUGAGCGGGUUGCUGAAUGGGCUGAUGUGCUGGCUCGACUGGUUGUAGAGUAUCCUCCACUGGAUGAAGACAAUGCCUCCUGGGUGUGUUUGAGACGUUACACACUGCGAAGAACCUCCAUAACCGAUCCCAGUUGUGCCAGCUGGUCAUGGUGUUGACGUAGAAAAUAACCCUGUUCAUCGACCGUCUGAGAGAUAUUCGAAUUUCCUGCUGCUUCCAUGGUUUGAGUCGGCAUUCUGUAACAAUGAUGCUGUGAGUCGAGAAGCAGGUGAAACGUUUAAUAAAACAACAAACGAGACAGCGUAACAGUGACGAUAUAGCAUAAACACAGGAACAAUAUCGACUGAGGACUAAACGUAAGGGAGGGACAAUAGGAGGGACAUAUAAAGGGGAGGUAAUGAGGAAGGUAAUGGAGUCCAGGUGUGAAUCAUAAUGAUCUGCAGGUGCGCGUAAUGAUGGAUGCCAUGUGUGCGUAAUGAUGAAUCCCAGGACUGGUGGUUAGUAUUCCGGAAAUGUCGCAUGCCGGAGGGGAUGAGCAAGAGUAGAUGUGACAGUUUAACAUGAUUUUGGAAUGACUACCUCAUCUCUGUACCCCACACCUACAAUUAUCUGUAAGGUCCCUCAGUCGAGCAGUGAAUUUCAAACACAGAUUCAACCACAAAAACCAGGGAGGUUUUCCAAUGCCUCGCAAAGAAGGGCACCUAUUGGUAGAUGUUAUUUUUUUUAAAGCAGACAUUGAAUAUCCCUUUGAGCAUGGUGAAGUUAUUAAUUACACUUUGAAUGGUAUAUUAAUACACCCAGUCACUACAAAGAUACAGGUGUCCUUCCUAACUCAGUUGCCGGAGAGGAAGGAAACCGCUCAGGGAUUUCACCAUGAGGCCAAUUCUGACUUUAAAACAGUUACAGAUUUUAAUGGCUGUGAUAGGAGAAAACUGAGGAUGGAUCAACAACAUUGUAGUUACUCCACAAUACUAACCUAAAUGACAGAGUGAAAAGAAGGAAGUCUGUACAGAAUACUUUUUUUUCCAAAACAUGCAUCCUGUUUGCAAUAAGGCACUAAAGCAAAAGUGCAAAAGAUGUGACAAAGAAAUUAACUUUAGUCCUGAAUACAAAGCGUUAUGUUGGGAGCAAAUCCAAUACAACACAUCACUAAAUACCACUCUUCAUAUUUUCAAGCAUGGUGGUGGCUGCAUCAUGUUAUGGGUAUGCUUGUCAUCAGUAAGGACUAGGGAGUUUUUUUUAGGAUAAAAAUAACAGAAUAGAGCUAAGCACAGGCAACAUCCUGGAGGAAAACCUGGUUGUCUGCUUUCCAACAGACACUGGGAGACAAAUUCACCUUUCAGAAGGACAAUUACCUAAAGCACAAGGUCAAAUAUACACUGGAGUUGCUUACCAAGACAACACUGAAUGUUCCUGAGUGGCCUAGAUACAGUUUUGACUUAAAUCUGCUUGCAAAUCUAUGGCAAGACCUGAAAAUGUCUGUCUAGCAAUGAUCAACUUGACAGAGCUUGAAUAAUUUUACAAAUAAUAAUGUGCAAAUAUUGUACAAUCCAGGUGUGCAAAGCUCUUAGAGAAAGACUCACAGCUGUAAUCGCUGCCAGGUAAUUCUAACAUGUAUUGACUUAGGGGUGUGAAUGCUUAUGUAAAUUUGAUAUUUCUGUACUUCAUUUUCAAUAAAUUAGCAAACAUUUCUUAAAAACACGUUUUCACUUUGUCAUUAUGGGGUAUUGUGUGUUGAUGGGUGAGACAAAAUAUAUUUAAUCAAUUUUGAAUUCAGGCUGUAACACAACAAAAUGUGGAAUAAAUCAUGGGGUAUGAAUACUUUCUGAAGACACUGUAGGUCUGUAUCUCUUGACAAGGUCGCUUGUGUUGGAUUAAGGACAUUACAAUAAUAUUUACAAGUCUUUAAUGCGACAUGCUCUUAUGUAAGCAUUUACAAAGACUUCAGAACUGGCAGCAGACAUGCUCAAACUUCAAUUAACAUAACCAUAGAGCACUUAAACUGGUACAACUCUUCCACUCACAGGUGGCCAUAAACAAUGAAUUGAAAGCCACGCCCCCACCAAGCCACGGCUCCAAUAUCAUUUCCCAGUGUGUCUUGCCUUUUCGAGAGAAUUGUAGAGUUACCACCCAUGACUGUAUUUGUUAGUGACAGAGACAUGGUUGUUGAAUUUGUACAUUUUAAGUCCUGUGGACUGAAUUUUCACCCUUGAGAGAAAUAUACAUGUCAUAUAAUGUUAGAACUAAUGCAUAAAUAUUGCACGUCAAAUUGGCUAGCAAGCUAAUAACAGAUCACAGCAAUUUGGCUAGUUAAUGGGCUAUGAUCAUAAAAAACAUGCAGUUACUUGCUGUAUAGCUCUAAAGAUAGAGCUAAAUGUGGAAUAAUCAGUAAUGUGUUUCUGACUAUGCUCUUCAAGAGGUGAUGAUAUUAAAACCAAGUAGUUGUCAAUGGUUUUAGCGGACCUAGGUGGUCGUCUCCUUGCUACAGUAUAGAGGUCAUGGUUACAGUUGAAUAUGUCUGCCUUUACACAGGCACCCCAAUUCUGAUCUUUUAUUCCACUAAUUGGUCUUUUUUGACAAUCACAUCAGAUCUUUUCACAUCUUUUUCAAGGCUGAUCUGAUUGGUCAAAAGACCAAUUAGUGAAAUAAAGAUCAGAAUUGGGCUGCCUGUGUAAAGGCAGACAUAUUCAACUGUAACCAUGACCUCUAUACUGUAGCAAGGAGACGACCACCUAGGCAGCCUCUGUGUUGUUGUGUUGCAAAUGGCACAGGAGAAAUGUGACACUUAUCUUGACUCACAUUUCCCCUUUGCCUAUCCCUGCACUCAUGCUCCAUUCAACUAGGGCAACAACAACAACAUUUUAGUCAGCAUCAUCAUCAUUAUCCCCAGCAUCCUCAGAUAACUUAAGACUUGCUAAUUGCUGCACUAAGAUAAUAACUCAUUACAGUAAACCUUUGGGAUCAUUGAUGUACAUAGCAGAAAAUGUAAUUGAUGAUGAUGGGGAUAAUGAUGAUGAUGCUGACUAAAAUAUUGUUUGAUGAUGAAGAUGAUUAUGAUAAUGAUGAGGAUAAUGAUGUUUAUAUUAUUUAUGAUGUUGACAGAUAUACUGAUAACAAUGAUGAUAUUCAUGAAACUACUUUAAAUGCGAAGAUAAAAAGUAACAGUUAACAAUGUUUUUGUUUUAAAAACACUUAAAAACUCAAUGCAGGGGACAAGUAUCUGAGAAUGCAACAGAAACGGCUAUAUUUUAAAUGCGUCUACCUCUGACUUAAACGGCUCCAGGCUAACCCCUGUUACAUGCAGGCCCUAGGCCUCAGGUAGCCUAUAACGCAACCCAACCACACAACUUGUUUGCAAAAUCUUCUUUGAUAGAUUUGGUGGAAGCCUGUUGAAUGUGAACUCUUCAUGGCCUGGUACCCUAACAUUGACCUGUUGGAUUACAGUAAGAUGUUGAUUAUAACCCUCCCCUCCAUGUCUCCUACAGACAGUUCCCCCUCAGUGGCCUCCACCAGAAGGCCUACAUCCUUCAGGGCCAGUGUCAGGACUAUCUGAGGAAAGCAGAACACUACCUACAGGCUGUAAGUCACUACCUACCAUAGAUAUAUCACAACAGUGUUCUAUUUAAUUCUGUACUGCCUUUAUGUCCUGUCUGCUUUGAGAUACUGGCUUUGGUCAUGAUGUUAGUCUAAAUAAAGUUAGUCUCAUGUCUGGCAACAGUACAUGUAAUCCAGUGGAGGCUCCUCAGAGGAGGAAGGGGAGGACCAUCCUCCUCAAUGAAUUUCAUAAAAUAAAAUAGUGAAACAUUAAAAAAGUGGUCCUUUUUAGAUAACACUAUACUAAAUAUAAUCACGUCACCAAAUAAUUGAUUAAAACACACUGUUUUGCAAUGAAGGUCUACAGUAGCCUCAACAGCACUCUGUAGGUUAGCACCAUGGUGUAGCCGUAGGACAGCUAGCUUCCGUCCUCCUCUGGGUACAUUGACUUCAAUACAAAACCUAGGAGGCUCAUGGUUCUCACCCCCUUCCAUAGGCUUACACAGUAAUUAUGACAAUUUCCGGAGGACGUCCUCCAGCCUAUCAGAGCUCUUGCAGCAUGAACUGAAUAUGUCCACCCAAUCAAAGGAUCAGAGAAUGAAUCUAGUACUGGAAGCAUAAGCUACAGCUAGCUAGCACUGCAGUGUGUAAAAUGUGGUGAGUAGUUGACUCAAAGAGAGUGAAAGACAAUAGUUGAACAGUUUUUAACAAAUUAAUUUCUUCCAAAAUUAAGGAGAAGCAAGAGAGAAAUAGAGAGAUUUUUUUAUUUCACUUUCAGUUUCAAAUACUUAGCUAGCAAAUGCAGAUAGCUAGUUUAGCCUACUGAAACAACCUGCUCAAACAGAGCCAUAGCUAGCUGGCUAUGGCUUUCCAACACAACACUGGAACUCUUCCAAGUCAAGGUAAGCUUUUGGUAUUACUAAUUUAUUGCCACGGGGCCCGGCGGUGUAACUGCUUACUGAAGGUACACUGUAACGUUACUGGAUGAUUGUAGCAGGUUUACUAACACGUUAGUUCUAAUAGCUAUGCUGACUAUGACUUUACUUUAGCUAAUAUGGUGACAACGAUGUAGGCUUGAUGUAGCGGUUUGGCUUAGAAAGGUUUUUUCACCUGGUCACAUGCAGCUGAUGUGUUGUGCAUUGAAGUCCACAAGCGAAGGGAAGAGGUGAGAGGAGGAGAGCGCAUAGAUGCAAGAAGGAAUACAACAUGUGUUUAAGUGUGAUCAGGGGUGUAUUCAUUCCGCCGAUUCUGUUGAAAAACGUUUCUUAAACGGAAGCAAAUGGAACAAAAAGGGGAUAAACAUACCUGAAUUUGUCCAACAGAAACUCUUGUUUGCAAAUGUUGGACUAAUGAUUACACCCUUAUACCUGAAUGUGUCCAAUAGAAACUCUUGUUUGCAACUGUUGGACUAAUGAUUACACCCUUAUUAUACCCAUAUCUGUCACCUCAAAUUUGUCUCUCGACCUGUGUGCACCUACAUAGGCUAGGUUGUAGCAACCUCAUGAUGGGUAUAGGGAAAAUGUCAAUAUCAUGUAGUAGCCUAAACCUGUCGCUGUUACUGGGCGAAUGGAAUAUGAAUGAGUCAUCCAAUAUGCUGUAAUAGAAAUAAGGCCAUGCUCAUGAAAAAACAAUCGUCCUCCCUCAUCUUAAGCGGCACUGACUGCCACUGAUGUAAUCAGACACUCUGACUAAGACAUGUACUGUACCUGUAGACUGUGAGGUAUGAAAGCUGAGAUUACUAUACUAAUCUUUCUGCCUCGCCUGGUUCACCAACUACUUCUCAGAUAGAGUUCAAUGUGUCAAAUCGGAGGGCCUGUUGUCUGGACCUAUGGCAGUCUCUAUGGGGGUGCCACAGGGUUCAAUUCUUGGGCCGACUCUUUUCUCUGUGUAUAUCAAUGACGUCGCUCUUGCUGCUGGUGACUCUCAGAUCCACCUCUACGCAGACGACACCAUUUUGUAUACAUCUGGCCCUUCAUUGGACACUGUGUUAACAAACCUCCAAACGAGCUUCAAUUCCAUACAACACUCCUUCAGUAGCCUCCAACUGCUCUUAAACACUAGUAAAACUAAAUGCAUGCUCUUCAACCGAACGCUGCUUGCACCCGCCCACCCGACUAGAAUCACUACUCUCGACGGGUCUGACCUAGAGUAUGUGGACAACUACAAAUAUCUAGGUGUCUGGUUAGACUGUAAACUCUCCUUCCAGACUCACAUUAAGAAUCUCCAAUCCAAAGUUAAAUCUAGAAUCGGUUUCCUAUUUCGCAACAAAGCCUCCUUCACUCAUGCUGCCAAACAUGCCCUCGUAAAACUGACUAUCCUACCGAUCCUUGACUUCGGCGAUGUCAUUUACAACAUAGCCUCCAACACUCUACUCAGCAAAUUGGAUGUUGUCUAUCACAGUGCCAUCCGUUUUGUCUCCAAAGCCCCAUAUAAUACCCACCACUGUGACCUGUACACUCUUGUUGGCUGGUCCUCACUACAUAUUCGUCGCCAAACCCACUGGCUCCAGGCCAUCUAUAAAUCACUGCUAGGCAAAUCCCCGCCUUAUCUUAGCUCAUUGGUCACCAUAGCAACACCCACCCGUAGUCUGCGCUCCAGCGGGUAUAUCUCACUGGUCAUCCCCAAAGCCAACACCUCCUUUGGCCGCAAUUCCUUCCAGUUCUCUGCUGCCAAUGACUGGAACAAAUUUCAAAAAUCUCUGAAGCUGGAGACACUUAUCUCCCUCACUAACUUUAAGCAUCAGUUGUCAGAGCACCUUACCGAUCACUGCACCUGUACACAGCCCAUCUGAAAUUAGCCCGCCCAACUACCUCAUCCCUAUAUUGUUAUUUAUUUUGCUCAUUUGUACCCCAGUAUCUCUAUUUGCACAUCAUCUCUUGCACAUCUAUCAUUCCAGUGUUAAUACUAAUUGUAAUUAUUUUGCACUAUAGCCUAUUUUAUUGCCUUACCUCCAUAACUUGCUAAAUUUGCACACUGUAUAUUAUAUGUAUGUCACGCCCUGGCUCUGGGGACACUGUUAUGUUGAGCCAGGGUGUGUAUUCUAUGUUUGUAUUUCUAUGUUGGCCUGAGUGACUCCCAAUCAGAGGCAACGAGUGUCAGCUGGUUGUCUCUGAUUGGGAGCCAUAUUUAACUGUCUGUCUUUCACUUUGUGUUUGUGGUUUCUUGUUCGUGUUGGUUUGUGUUUAAACCAUAGACGUCACGUUUUUCGUUUUGAUCGUGUGAUCAUUAAAUAAAUAUAAAUAUGUUCACCUGCAACGCUGCGCCUUGGUCUCUCCCUGACGUUCGUGACAGAAGAAACCACCAAAACUGGACCAAGCAGCGUGUCCAGGAGCCAUUGCCUGGGGAAUCGCUUGCAGAUCUCCGUGGCAACCUCGACUGGGUCCAGCCUUGUAAAGAGCAGAGUGGAUGGACUUGGGAACAGUGGAGGAAGAGUUUCGACUGGGUCAAGCCUAAUGAAGAGCAGAAUGGCUGGAGUUGGAGACAGAGGAGCGAGAGUUGGGCGAGAACGAUAGAGGCCUGGCCCACGGGGAGGAGAGACCCCCAGAAAAUUUUUAGGGGGGGGCUCACGACGUCGGGGCAGCAGGAGGCCGCGAUAGAGUGGUCCAGCGGGUUGGCAGAGGAGGCCGCCAGGUUACGGGGGCCACUGGUCGAAGAGGGGAUGGAAGGUGGAGAGGCACGGCGAGAGGUACUGGGGUGUGUUACCAGUCCGGUCCGGCCCGUUCCAGAUCCCGGUGUAGGGCCAGUGGUGUGUGUCCCCAGUACGGUCCGGUCUGUUCCUGCUCCCCGCACCAAGUCUGUGGUGCGUUUCGUCAGCCCUGUCCGGCCCGUUCCUGCUCUCCGCACCAAGUCUGUGGUGCGCGUCGCCAGCCCAGUCCGGCCCAUUCCUGCUCCCCGCACCAAGUCUGUGGUGCGUCUCGUCAGCCCGGCUCGGCCCGUUCCUGCUCCCCGCUCCAAGUCAGUGGUGCGCUUCGUCAGCCCGGCUCGGCCCAUUCCUGCGCCCCGCACCAAGUCUGUGGUGCGUUUCGUCAGCCCGGCUCGGCCCAUUCCUGCUCCCCGCACCAAGUCUGUGGUGCGCGUCGCCAGCCCGGUCCGGCCCAUUCCUGCUCCCCGCACCAAGUCUGUGGUGCGUUUCGUCAGCCCUGUCCGGCCCGCUCCUGCUCCCCACACCAAGCCAGUGGUGUGCGUCGUCAGUCCAGCACGGCCCGUGCCUGUUCCCCACACCAAGCCAGUGGUGUGCGUCGUCGGUCCGGCAUGGCCCGUGCCUGUUCCACUGGUGCCUGGUCCGGCACCGGUCAGAUGCGUUACGCCGGAGCUAGAGCAAUCCGCUCCAUCAGUGUGCAGUCCAGCUCCGGCCAGCGGGGCCAGACCGGACCAGGGGUACUUUGGGGGGUUGGAGAGGGAGUGGGGAUCAGGCCCGGAGCCGGAUCCGCCGCCAAGGCGGAGUGCCCACCCGGUCCCUCCCCUGUGGUAUUUAGUUGGCGCGGUCGGAGUCCGCGCCUUUAGGGGGGGGGUACUGUCACGCCCUGGCUCUGGGGACACUGUUAUGUUGAGCCGGGGUGUAUUCUUGUUGUAUUUAUGUGGCCUGAGUGACCCCAAUCAGAGGCAAGAGUGUCAGUUGGUUGUCUCUGAUUGGAGCCAUUUUUAACUGUCUUCACUUUGUGUUUGUGUUUCUGUUCGGGUGGUUGGUUUUAAACCAAGACUCACGUUUUCUUGUUGUUUUGUGUGGAUCAUUAAUAAUAAAAUAUUUCUGCAACGUGCGCCUUGGUCUCCAUGACGUCGUGACAAUAUCUGUUGUUUUUGACUUGUUUUGUGUCCCCAUCAUUAAGUGUGUUGAUGUUUUUAUCGCACUCUGCUAUCUGGCCGUCGCCAAGAGAACUGUCUAACUGUUACUGGUUAAAAAAGUGAAUAAAAAUAUAAUAAAAUCCUGCAACCAAGCACCCCUGACUUGCUUUAGUGGAAUUGUGGUGUGUUAGUACAAGUAGGCCUAUGAAUGUAAUCAUCAGAAGAACAUGACUGUGAGGUUUCUUAAAGGGAAACUGCAAGAUUUUUAACGUAGGCAAUUACCUAGUUACCCAGAAUCAGAUGAACUCAUGGAUAUAAUGUUCAUGUCUCUACGUGCAGUAUGAAGGAAGUCAGAGGUAGUUUUGCGAGCUAAAGCUAACUAGUGUUAGCACAAUGACUGGAAGUCUACCGGUACAGCAAGUAUGCCAAAGUCUUGCACUAUCCCUUUAAAUGUCAGGUCUAUUAUAUUAUUAUAAUGAGAUGAUCCAUAACAGGUCACUAGACUGGACACACUCACUCUGAUGAUGAGUCUUCACACCUGUGUGUCUGUGGCUGGCUGAGGCAUUUGUGAAAUAUGCUAUGUCAGGUGUAACUCCACCCUUUUACUUAAUGUUCGCAAAAUAUCUUAAAACAGCUUUAAAUACUUUCAGCCUGUCAAGCCAAGUCUUAUCAGAAUCAUGUAUUUUUUUAAAUAAAUAAUCAUAACCAGUGAGAUGACAUGCCUCAUCUGCCUCUGCCAUGUUUGACAUGUUCAGCAUGUUCAUACAGGUAUGGUGAUUUGGUCAUGCAUUAAGUCAAAAUUCAAAAGCCACUCGCACAUCUGAGCUAUCUUUUUCGCAGGUGCAUGGUAACAGUUUAAUAAGAUGAGAAAAAGAAGAAACCCGCACACUGCUCUUGAUAGUAUCAAGCUUUACGUAUCGACCUCAAGGCCUUCGUCAGAGCUUUUGUGAGUUUUUUUUUAUUAGCACCCUUAUGUAGACAUAGCUCCACCUACAUCCGUUCAAUGCAUCGAAUGGGGUUGGAGUCGAGGGAAAAUAAGUAAGUGUUACCAAAUAUAACAAUGUGCAUUUCAUAAAUAUUUGAAUAAAGUGUGUACAUAAAAUGUAUUAAACACGUCUGUAAAACCACAAUUAGGACAUCGAUCCAUCAAGCAAGUUUUCACAAGUCAUUGGGUACAGCGCAAGAAAAACAUGUGGCAUAGAGAAAGUUAAGAUAUCAGACAGGGGAGGGUAUAUAAAUAAUACUCUGAGCAAAAGAGAAUGUUUCUGGAUUUUCACCCUCCAGACAUUAUUUCCUAAAGGCCUUAAUGAUGAAAUGCCUAUGUAUGUUAUGCUGUAAAUGUGAACAUGAAUUAAUGCCACCAUUUCAGAUUACUCUGACAUUUGUUCUUGCGCUGUACCCAAUGAUGAAUGAAAACUUGCUUGAUGGGUCGAUGUCCUCAUUGUGGUUUUACAGACAUGUUUAAUACGUUUUAUGUACACACUUUAUUAGAAUAUUUAUGAAAUGCAUAUUGUUAUAUUUGGUCACGCAUUAAGUGAAAAUAAGAAGAGCAUCUGAGGGUGUGUCACAGUCAGCAGUAAACCCAGGGAUUAUCUUUAAACACACACAAACAAUGAAAACAAACCCAGGGAAAGUGUUCAUUUGGCCGUGACCUGUCACAGAAUGUACUCUUUAACUAUUAAAGUACACUAUUGUGCAAACAGUCAAUUAGCCUACAGAUAGAAGUUAUCUGGACAGAAAGGUUAUGCAUUCCAUCCUUAUGAUCUAUACAUUAUGGUCCUGUCUUUAACUGGAUCUUGAACUGAGAGAUUCACCUGACUGAAUAUAGUCUACCGUAUUCUCGUUUGAGAAGCCCAGAACAUCAAGUUGAGGCUAGACUGAACAUAAUGUACAAAGCCAUAAUGUGUGUCUGACAUUUCCCUGUGUGUCCUGCAGGGCGGCGACUCUGGGCGCAGCACAGUGGAGGCAGAUCACUACAUGGCCAUGGCCAGAGUGUCCAUAGAGCAGCUGAAGGCAUGUGCUCUGGACCUGAGACAGAUGGGACAACCCAAUGACAGCGUGGUCCGAAGGUUAGAUACACUAAGAGAUGAACACUACUACUGCAUACAGAUAAACCAAUAUCCCUCUCCUUGUGUCUCUCUCUAUUCCCCUUUCUUCUCACUGUUUGAGGUCAGAUACACAAAGAGAUGACUAAUAUUACUCUGCACAAUAUACCUUCCUUUUACUUCUCUCUCUUUCCCUUUUUCCUCUACACUGUUAGGGUUACGCAGGUGUUUAUUUCUUUAUUUUAUUAUUUAUUUACCCUUUAUUUUACUAGGUAAAUUGACUGAGAACAAAUUAUAUUUUACAGCAACGACCAGGGGAAGAGUUACAGAAAUAGUUUAACAGCUCCUCUCCUCUCCCUCUCCUCUCCCCCUUCUCUCCCCCUCCAUAGUGUGGAGAUGUGUAGGGACCAGUUGAAGGGAGUCCACAUGGCCAUAAACGGGACCAUGCAGAGGCGGAGCCAGGGGAGCAGAGGGAGUGGCACCUGGGAGGAAGCUGGGAGGAGCUUCAACGAGGCCAUGGCCUGGAUUGGACAGCAGAAGGUAUGGAGAACCACACCCUACAACACAGAUGUGUAAUGCUUGUGUAGGAAGGCAUAUGCUAUAGGAUUGCAUAAUAUUAUUGCUACCAUCUGUUCCCCUUCAGAAGAUAUCAUAAUAACUGCAUGCAUUCAGAUGUGUAAUGCCUGUGUAGGAAGGCGUAUGAUACAUAUGAGUUCCAUAGGAUUGCAUAGGAUUACACAACAUAGGAUACUGUACAUGGACAUAAACAUAUAACAUGUUGCACAUACCGGUAGAUAUAUUUUUAGUUGUGAGCCAAAAAUGGUUCUGACAACUUGUUGCAAAACACCCCCAGUUCUUAUAGUUUUAAAGUCAUCAUUGUGAAACACUUGACCCUUUGACACUUUUGGGAAUUCUCUCCGUUCUCCCAUACAUACAGUACCAGUCAAAAGUUUGGACACACCUACUCAUUCAAGGGUUUUUCUUUAUUUUUACUAUUUUCUACAUUGUAGAAUAAUAGUGAAGACAUCAAAACUAUGAAAUAACCCAUAUGAAAUCAUGUAGUAACCAAAAACGUGUUAAAGAAAUCAAAAUAUAUGUUAUAUUUGAGAUUCUUCAAAUAGCCACCCUUUGCCUUGAUGACAGCUUUGCACACUCUUGGCAUUCUCUCAAACAGCUUCACCUGGAAUGCUUUUCAAACAGUCUUGAAGGAGUUCCCACAUAUGCUGAGCACUUAUUGGCUGCUUUUCCUUCACUCUUUGGUCCGACUCAUCCCAAACCAUCUCAAUUGGGUUGAGGUCGGGUGAUUGUGGAGGCCAGGUCAUCUGAUGCAGCACUCCAUCACUCUCCUUCUUGUUCAAAUAGCCCUUACACAGCCUGGAGGUGUGUUGGGUCAUUGUCCUGUUGAAAAACAAAUGAUAGUCCCACUAAUCCCAAACCAGAUGGGAUGGUGUAUCACUGCAGAAUGCUGUGGUAGCCAUGCUGGUUAAGUGUGCCUUGAAUUCUAAAUAAAUCCCAGACAAUGUCACCAGCAAAGCACCCCCACACCAUAACACCUCCUCCACCAUGCUUUACGGUGGGAAAUACACAUGCAGAGAUCAUCCUUUCACCCACACAGCGUCUCACAAAGCCACGGUGGAUGGAACCAAAUAUCUCCAAUUUGGACUCCAGACCAAAGGACAAAUGUCCACCGGUCUAAUGUCCAUUGCUCAUGUUUCUUGGCCCAAGCAAGUCUCUUCUUGUUAUUGGUGUCCUUUAGUAGUGGUUUCUUUGCAGAAAUUCGACCAUGAAGGCCAGAUUCACGCAGUCUCCUCUGAACAGUUGAUGUUGAUAUGUGUCUGUUACUUGAACUCUGUGAAGCAUUUAUUUGGGCUACAAUUUCUGAGGCUGGUAACUCUAAUGAACUUAUCCUCUGCAGAAGAGGUAACUCUGGGUCUUCCUUUCCUGUGGCGGUCCUCAUGAGAGCCAGUUUCAUCAUAGCGCUUGAUGGUUUUUGCGACUGCACUUGAAGAAACUUUCAAAGUUCUUGAAAUGUUCAGUUUUGACUGACCUUCAUGUCUUAAAGUAAUGAUGGACUGUUGUUUCUCUUUGCUUAUUUGAGCUGUUCUUGCCAUAAUAUUGACUUGGUCUUUUACCAAAUAGGGCUAUCUUCUGUAUACCCCCUUUACCUUGUCACAACACAACUGAUUGGCUCAAACGCAUUAAGAAGGAAAUAAAUUCCACAAAUUAACUUUAACAAGGCACACCUGUUAAUUACAUUUUAGUCAUUUAGCAGACGCUCUUAUCCAGAGCGACUUACAGUUAGUGAAUACAUAUUUUUUUUAUACUGGCCCCCCGUGGGAAUCGAACCCACAACCCUGGCGUUGCAAACACCAUGCUCUAUCAACUGAGCUACAUCCCUGCCGGCCAUUCCCUCCCCUACCCUGGACGACGCUGGGCCAAUUGUGCGCCGCCCAUGAGUCUCCCGGUCACGGCUGGCUGCGACAGAGCCUGGAUUCGAACCAGGAUCUCUAGUGGCACAGUUAGCACUGCGAUGCAGUGCCUUAGACCACUGCGCCACUCAGGAGACAGUUGAAAUGCAUUCCAGGUGACUUGUUUAUGAAGCUGGUUGAGAGAAUGCCAAGAGUGUCCAAAGCUGUCAUCAAGGCAAAGGGUGGCUAUUUGAUGAAUCUCAAAUAUAAAAUAUAUUCUGAUUUGUUUAACACUUUUGUGGUUACUACAUGAUUCCAUAUGAGUUAUUUCAUAGUUUUGAUGUCUUCACUAUUAUUCUACAAUGUAAAAAAUAGCACAAAUAAAGAAAAACCCUUGAAUGAGUAGGCAUUCAAGGGUUUUCUUUAUUUUACAAUUUUUUACUUUGUAGAAUCAUUUUACAAGUUUCUUCAAAUGCAGUCGCAAAAACCAUCCAGCGCUAUGAUGAAACUGGCUCUCAUGAGGACCGCCACAGGAAGGGAAGAGUCAGAGUUACCUCUGUUGCAGAGGAUAAGUUCAUUAGAGUUACCAGCCUCAGAAAUUGCAGCCCAAAUAAAUGCUUCACAGAGUUCAAGUAACAGACACAUCUCAACAUCAACUGUUCAGAGGAGACUGUGUGAAUCAGGCCUUCAUGGUCGAAUUGCUGAAAAGAAACCACUACUAAAGGUCACCAAUAAGAAGAAGCGACUUGCUUGGGCCAAGGAACAUUAGACUGGUGGAAAUCUGUCCCAUUGUUCCAACCGGCGUGUCUUUGUGAGACGCGGUGUGGGUGAACGGAUGAUCUCUGCAUGUGUAGUUCCCACCGUAAAGCAUGGAGGAGGAGGUGUUAUGGUGUGGGGGUGCUUUGCUGGUGACACUGUCUGUGAUUUAUUUAGACACACUUUACCAGCGUGGCUACCACAGCAUUCUGCAGCGAUACGCCAUCUGGUUUGGGCUUAGUGGGACUAUCAUUUGUUUUUCAACAGGACAAUGACCAAACACAGCUCCAGGCUGUGUAAGGGCUAUUUGAACAAGAAGGAGAGCAAUGGAGUGCUGCAUCAGAUGACCUGGCCUCCACAAUCACCCGACCUCAACCCAAUUGAGAUGGUUUGGGAUGAGUCGGAUGGCAGAGUGAAGGAAAAGCAGCCAACAAGUGCUCAGCAUAUGUGGGAACUCCUUCAAGACUGUUGGAAAAGCAUUCCAGGUGAAGCUGUUUGAGAGAAUGCCAAGAGUGUGCAAAGCUGUCAUCAAGGCAAAGGGUGGCUAUUUGAAGAAUCUCAAAUAUAAAAUAUAUUUUGAUUUAUUUAACACUUUUUUUGUUACUACAUGAUUCCAUAUGUGUUAUUUCAUAGUUUUGAUGUCUUCACUAUUAUUCUAUAAUGUAAAAAAUAAAGAAAAACCCUUGAAUGAGUAGGUGUGUCCAAACUUUUGACUGGUACUGUACAUUAACUGGUUAGUCCUGAAGGGCAGGUGUGUGUCUGAGAGGUUAGUGCAGAUAACACGCUGACACUCAAACUUCAUUUAGAUCUGAAAACACCGGAAAUGGCACACACACACAAACACACGCAGUACUGUAAUUGUCUUAAAAUAACCUUAGCCCUCCUACUGCAAUGUACAGUUAUCACAACCACAUGUGAUGUACGUCAUCCCUGCUACUGAAUACAUUCACAUUACAUUUUACAUUUACGUCAUUUAGCAGACGCUCUUAUCCAGAGCGACUUACAAAUUGGUGCAUUCACCUUACAGCCAGUGGGAUAACCACUUUACAAUAUGUUUGUUUUUAUUUUUAUUUUUUGCGGGGGUGGGGUGGGGUAAGGGGGGGGGUAGAAGGAUUACUUUAUCCUAUCCCAGGUAUUCCUUAAAGAGGUGGGGUUUCAAGUAUCUCCGGAAGGUGGUGAGUGACUCCGCUGUCCUGGCGUCGUGAGGGAGCGUGUUCCACCAUUGGGGUGCCAGAGCAGCGAACAGUUUUGACUGGGCUGAGUGGGAACUGUGCUUCCGCAGAGGUAGGGGGGCCAGCAGGCCAGAGGUGGAUGAACGCAAUGUCCUCGUUUGGGUGUAGGGACUGAUCAGAGCCUGAAGGUACGGAGGUGCCGUUCCCCUCACAGCUCCGUAGGCAAGCACCAUGGUCUUGUAGCAGAUGCGAGCUUCAACUGGAAGCCAGUGGAGUGUGCAGAGGAGCGGGGUGACGUGAGUGAACUUGGGAAGGUUGAACAUCAGACGGGCUGCGGCGUUGUGGAUGAGUUGUAGGGGUUUAAUGGCACAGGCAGGGAGCCCAGCCAACAGCGAGUUGCAGUAAUCCAGACGGGAGAUGACAAGUGCCUGGAUUAGGACCUGUGCCGCUUCCUGUGUAAGGCAGGGUCGUACUCUCCGAAUGUUGUAGAGCAUGAACCUACAGGAUCGGGUCACCGCCUUGAUGUUAGCGGAUAACGACAGGGUGUUGUCCAGGGUCACGCCAAGGCUCUUCGCACUCUGGGAGGAGGACACAACGGAGUUGUCAACCGUGAUGGCGAGAUCAUGGAAUGGGCAGUCCUUCCCGGGGAGGAAGAGCAGCUCCGUCUUGCCGAGGUUCAGCUUGAGGUGGUGAUCCGUCAUCCACACUGAUAUGUCUGCCAGAAAUGCAGAGAUGCGAUUCGCCACCUGGUUAUCAGAAGGGGGAAAGGAGAAGAUUAGUUGUGUGUCAUCUGCGUAGCAAUGAUAGGAGAGGCCAUGUGAGGAUAUGACAGAGCCAAGUGACUUGGUGUAUAGCGAGAAUAGGAGAGGGCCUAAAACUGAGCCCUGGGGGACGCCAGUGGUGAGAGCACGUGGUGCGGAGACAGAUUCUCGCCACGCCACUUGGUAGGAGCGACCGGUCAGGUAGGACGCAAUCCAAGAGUGAGCCGCACCGGAGAUGCCCAGCUCGGAGAGGGUGGAGAGGAGGAUCUGAUGGUUCACAGUAUCAAAGGCAGCAGACAGGUCUAGAAGGACAAGAGCAGAGGAGAGAGAGUUAGCUUUAGCAGUGCGGAGAGCCUCCGUGACACAGAGAAGAGCAGUCUCAGUUCAAUGACCAGUCUUGAAACCUGACUGGUUUGGAUCAAGAAGGUCAUUCUGAGAGAGAUAGCAAGAGAGUUGGCUAAAGACGGCACGCUCAAGAGUUUUGGAGAGAAAAGAAAGAAGGGAUACUGGUUUGUAGUUGUUGACAUCAGAGGGAUCGAGUGUUGGUUUUUUGAGAAGGGGUGCAACUCUCGCUCUCUUGAAGACGGAAGGGACAUAGCGGUCAAGGAUGAGUUGAUGAGCGAGGUGAGGUAAGGGAGAAGGUCACCGGAGAUGGUCUGGAGAAGAGAGGAGGGGAUAGGGUCAAGCGGGCAGGUUGUUGGGCGGCCGGCCGUCACAAGUCGCAAGAUUUUAUCUGGAGAGAGAGGGGAGAAAGAAGUCAAAGCAUAGGGUAGGGCAGUGUGAGCAGGACCAGCAGUGUCAUUUGACUUAACAAACGAGGAUUGGAUGUCGUCAACCUUCUUUUCAAAAUGGUUGACGAAGUCAUCCACAGAGAGGGAGGAGGGGGGGGUGGGGGGAGGAGGAUUCAGCAGGGAGGAGAAGGUGGCAAAGAGCUUCCUAGGGUUAGAGGCAGAUGCUUGGAAUUUAGAGUGGUAGAAAGUGGCUUUAGCAGCAGAAACAGAUGAAGAAAAUGUAGAGAGGAGGGAGUAAAAAGAUGCCAGGUCCGCAGGGAGUCUAGUUUUCCUCCAUUUCCGCUCGGCUGCUCGGAAUACCUUGAAUGAGUGGAAUACCUUCCACUGCCAGCUUUUCACAAACUGGAGAACGAACAGAAAGGAUAGAGCAGGUUGUGUUGGCGGUUAUACCUGCUUUGUCACUUGUACAGACAUGCAGAAGAAAUGCUAGAGGCUGGACGUAGUGUAACUGUAUAUCAAGCAUUGUACCAAGUUGAAAGCAUUCUUCUCCACAUGCUGGAGACAGAGUCCAUCUGCCACUGACAGACAUCAAUCUCAUUUAGGAGGAGUGGAGACUAGAGAAAGACAAAAACACACUGCACACACACAUAUACACACACACACACACACACACACACACACACACUCAUAUUAUGCACCCCCCUCUGCACAAACCAAGGUGAAGGCUAGGCUAUGUUCUGGACUUAGUGGCUCAGACUCCCUGUCUAUUGGUGAAUUCCUGACAUACCAUAUUUACUUCUUGGUUGGUUUUUAGUGUUAAGCUUACAGAGGGUAAACGUUUACCAUACUUCACACUACUCUAUCACCACCUAGUGGCAAUGUUGUAGCAUGUGAGACUUUUCCCUAUGGUUGAGCUGUGUGUUGGGGUUGAGAUGUGUAUUUGUGUAAUGGUUGAGGUGUGUGUUGUGGUUGUGAGGUUACAGUGUGUUUGAGAUGUAGUUAUAAUGUGAUCGUAAUGUGUUUGUAUUCCAGCGUCUGAUAGAGACCUCUCCGUGGGGAGAUGACGCUGCAUCCAUUGAGCAGCAGCUGAUAAGCCACAGCAAGUUCCACAGCUCGAUACAGAGAAGCCCCGAGGUGGACAAGGCCAACGUUGAACUGGUGGGUAUGCACACACACACACACACACACACACACACACACACACACACACACACACACACACACACACACACACACACACACACACACACACACACACACACACACACACACACACACACACACACCUGUCACGAACACAGACACAGUUACUUUCACACUGUCUCUCAUACAAAUUCUAUUUCUGGGAGUGUGUUUGUGUGUAAUUCCGACUGAGUGUGUGUAAUUCUCUCUCAGUGUUUGUUUGUUCUUCCCUACAGAUUAAGAAAGGAGACAAGGCCAACCAGUACGCUCUGGAUCAGGAAUGGGACAUGCUGCAGGUGACAGAGAACUCUGGGGAAAACACACACACACACACACCCCUGCAUUACUCUAUAAUACGGUUGUUGUACCAUAUAUUAUCUUUCUGUAGGUUUGUGUUGUAUUGAACAUGUUUGUUUCCAUUUGUCUGUCUAUGUUAGUCAUGCCACAAUGGAUUUGUAACUAUUGAUUGUACCUAACUAUUGAAGAGUCUUACUAUGUUUUCUGCUCUGUCAGAAAAUGUCUCAUGGUCGUAGCAACCAGCUGAGGGAGAUGCAGCAGAUCAUUGAGGCGAUCAGUAGAGAGAUCAUGUGGGUGAACGAGAGAGAGGAGGAGGAGCUGGUGUUUGACUGGGGGCACAAGAACAUAGACCUCUACAUCCCCAAGAAGCAGGAGAGCUACUCUGUAAGGACUGCGUCAAGGGUUAAAGGUCAAGGGUCUGAGGGGUAUUGUCACAGUGGGAGGGGGAGAGGCUAAUUGAUGAUUCCCAUAGAGACCAUACAAGAUCUGCGUCCCAAAUGGCACCCUAUUACCUAUAAAGUGCACUACUUUUGACCAGGGCUCUGGUCAAAAGUAAUGCACUAUGUAGGUAAUAUAUUGGGUGACACUUGGGACGCAGACUAGCUGUAAUUGUUCCUCAUCAUUCCUGAUGAUUGGUCAUGUUUGGUGAUCUCUAGUCCCGUGACUGGCACAUCUAGUGUAUUAUGUAUGUGCAAAUCAUUAUGUGUUGUUAAUCUGUUUUGCAUGAUGUACCCUAGGAAAGUAUCAUGCCAAUUGCCUAACCAUUGAGACUUGUGCAAUGAAACCACAGAUCAUUCUUCCAGUCCCAAUGGGUCCCCAGGGCCUAACAGUGAUUCUGUCUCUCCAGUUCUGCCCUAACUGUGUUGUCUGUAAACUGUGUUGUUUUCUCUGUCAGAAACUGAUGAGUGCCCUGGAGGAGAAGGAUAAGGACCUGAAUAAACUGAAGCUGAAAGUGGACAGCCUUUUGAAGAACCCCCACCCUGCCUCUGACAAGAUCGAGGUUAGGAGAUGUCUGUAUAGAAGAAUAUCUAUUUGAUUAUUUGGAUCCCCAUUAGCUGUUACAGUCGCAAAACCUACUCUUCCUGGGGCCCAUGAUAUCUAGCAAUGUCUAGCUAUCUAAUUAGCUGUGAUGGUUAUCUUGAUAUGAGUUCUCAUCUUCCUUUCCAUCCCCCUUUUAUUCAUUCUUGAAUCCCUCUAUCCUUCUUUUUUAAUUUCUUCCAGGCCUACAUGGACACUCUGCAGACCCAGUGGAGCUGGCUCCUCCAGAUCACCAAGUGUAUCCAUGUCCACCUGAAGGAGAAUGCUGCCUACAGCGACUUCAUCAAGGAGGCCAAUGAGAUGUACAGUAAGCUGCAGAAGGCGCAUGAGAACAUCCGUAAGAAGUUCACCAGUGACAGAAACACGCCCCUUGAAAACCUGCUGGAACUACUCAAAGGCCUGGAGGUAAGACAUGUUCAUGUUUGAAGGCACCACAGAUAUACUGUACAAGGUUAUAUCUCAAACACCCAAUUCCCUAUAUAGUGCACUACUUUUGACUGUACACUCUUGGAAAAAAGGGUUCUACAUGGAACAAAAGGGUUCUUCCUGGAACAAAAGGGUUCUUGUCACGAUCGUUUACGGACGAGAAGGACCAAGGCGCAGCGUGAUAUGCAUUCAUAUUUAUUUCACGAAUAAACACACAACAAAACAACAAACGAAAUGUGAAGUCCAAGGUAACACACAAACAUACCUUACAUGGAACAACAUCCCACAACUGACUGGUGCCAAAAGGCUGCCUAAGUAUGGUCCCCAAUCAGAGACAACGAGCUACAGCUGCCUCUGAUUGGGAACCACCCUGGCCAACAUAGAUCUAAACGAUCUAGAAACUAAACAUAGAAAUAAACACAACACGAAAUAUACACACCCUGACUCAACAAAUAACCGUCCCCUGAGUCAGGGCGUGACAGUUCUACCUGCAACCAAAAAGGGUUCUUCAAAGGGUUCUCCUAUGGGGACAGCUAAAGAACCCUUUAAGGUUCUAUAUAUAAAAAAUUAAUCUAAGAGCGUAGUCACUCCGGUAUAGAACUAGUUCACUACAUGUGGAAUAGGAAGUCAUUUGUGAAGAUACCCCAAAUAUAAAUGCUCCCCCUUUCCUCUGAUAGGGAUAUUGACCUCUGACCCUUAACCUCUAUGUCCAACAGAAAGAGAAGGAGCAGAUCAUGGAGGAUAAGAGGCAGGUGCAGCACUCGGUCAACAAGUCCAAGAGCAUAGUGAGGCUCAGACCACGUAACCCUGAAGAGGAGAAGAGCAGUAGUCCUGUUAUGGUACAGGCCCUGUGUGACUUCAAACAAGACCAGGUCCGAGACAUGAAUAUACACACACAAGCUCUCUCUCUCUCUCUCUCUCUCUCUCUCUCUCUCUCUCUCUCUCUCUCUCUCUCUCUCUCUCUCUCUCUCUCUCUCUCUCUCUCUCUCUCUCUCUCUCUCUCUCUCACACAUGCAUGCCUGCAAGCACACACACACUGCUGUCUAACAUCCUGCAUGUCCUGUCCCUCUAUAGAAGGUGAUUCUGAAGGGCGACAAGGGCAUCCUGAAAGACAAUUCCCAGCGCAGUAAGUGGCAGGUGACAGGACCAGGAGGACUGGACAUGCUGGUGCCCUCUGUCUGUCUGCUGGUUCCACCACCCAACCCCCUUGGCAUCAACCUGGCCAACAAGUAAGAACACACACAUGCAGGCACGCAGUGCACACACACACAAACACACACACACACACACAAUGUGAGAACUAAAUCACCAUCUGUGUUGUGUGGUCCAUCAGGAAUGAGCAGUACAUUGAGGCCAUCCUGUCUGUAUGGAAUCAGCUCUACAUCAACAUCAAGAGUCUCAUUUCCUGGCAGCACUGUGUCCAGGACCUCACACAUAUCAACUCACUCACCAUCACCAUGGUAAAUCCUUCAAUCACUGCGGUAACCACUAUCAUUGUCAUCACAAUAAUCUCAUUGUAACUACUUAAAAGUCCACAACUAACUCAAAUGUCAGGGUUGCACUUUGCUAUACAGCCCACUAUUUACUUAUACUAGGAUUACAAAAAAAUACAUUAAAAUGGUAAUAACAAAAUAUAUAACCUACAAAAAAGUAUGCCCUUAGUCAUACUUAUUAAUUCAAUUUUUUUCUUGAAUCGAUAGCUUCAUUAUUGUGUCCUUUCAGCUGUCCCGUAUGCGUCCUGAGGAGUACCGCAGCAUCCUGAAGAGUCUGGAGACACACUACUCAGAGUUCACCCUCUGUUGCCAUGGCUCCGAGAUGUUCAAGGACGAGGACAAGAGCAGCAUCGAGAGCCAGUACACUGGAGCCCAGGCUCACUAUGACCACCUGCUGGUCCAGCUACCUGCUUACAGUGAGAAGAUAUAUACCUCUCUACUCUGAGUGCAUGUCAAUAACCUCAAUUGUAUCUGUACCAUACAGUAAAUGACACCAACAUUGUAUCUCUCCAUCCCUAGCUGCACAACAGACCGCCAAUGAGGAGAAGAUCAAAGCAGAGGAGGAAGCCAGGAUACUGGCGACCAAGCAAGAGGAUGUGAAGAAGGUAGUGGUUAAGAAGAAGGUGGUGUUGGUGACAUCACAGAGCCUGAUGGAGCUGCACGCGCUCAGACUGAGACUGGAGGUGGCAGAGGCGGGGCUUACUCAGCACAUCCACAUCUGUCUGGCAGAGGAUGGAGCACAUGACUGUGGCCUGAGGAUCACACAGCUAGAGGUACACACACACACACACACACACAGAUAGAAUAUACCUAGGAGUGUCCUUACUAGGAGUACUACUAUGUAUGUAGGUUUAGGUAUGUGCAUGUGACUAAAUGUGUGCGUUUUCCCCAGUCUGUACAGCAGGAUGUGGACUCUAUCCGUGAGGAGUACACAUGUCUAAAGGAGCGUGUUCUGAAGGAACUGGAGAACAUGACUGACUCUGACAAAGCCACGUUCCUACACAGCCAACUCGGCCUCAUCAACGAGAGACUGGGCAGUCUGGACGGGUGCUCCGCAGCAUACCUACAGAGGUCAACAUUAUACUGUAGUGUAUGAGCAUACACCCACAGCCUGAAAGGGUUCUCUGCAGUAUACCCAUAGUGGUACUCUAAAUACAGACUCUUCCAUACACACUCACCACUCAUUGCUCAAAUGUAACUAAUUUGUUUUGACAAAUUCUCUCUCUCCAUCUCUCUCUCAUUCUUUGCAUCUCUCUCCCCCUUCUUCUCUCUCUCUUCUCUGUCACCCCCCACCCAUCCCCUCCCAGGCUGCGGGCUCUAAGGGCCCUCCUGGAGAGUGUGUCCAGGGCUGAGGACAUCAUUAAGGUCCAUGAGGCCAGACUGACAGAGAAGGAGACCACAUCCUUGGAUCCUGCAGAGGUGGAGGAUUACAGGUCCACUCUGAAGGUAACAGUUACUGUAUGACACACAAGCCCAAAGAAUGUGGGAAUGGCAGUGUCUGUCACAACCAUUAUUCAGUCUGUCAGUUAGCUGUGUGUGGUGCUUCUAGGAUAAAAUUGUAUGUUUGUAAAUUAGGGUUUGUUUAGCAAACUCUGCAAUCACAUGUAUGCUACAGAAACACUGCUCUUGCUGGUGGGCACUUGAAUUAAAGGGUAUCUACACCAAAAAAAUAUAAUUUCUUAGAUUUUUCCCAGACCUCAAAAUUGGUCUCCUGAUGUGGUUUAAGCAUUGUUGUGGACUUAGGACAUCCAAUUUUGUUGUUUUUCUAUUAAAAAGUGUGAUUAUUUGUUGUAUUUGUUAUUAGAUUAGAUGAGUUUAUUAGUCACAUGCACAGGGUCGCAGAUGUAAUCGCAGGCUUAAGUGAAUUUUUAUGCUCUGAGCUCCAACAGUGCAGGUUAAAUAAAGAGAAGUGAUGAGAUAAAAAUAAAAAUAAUAAUAAUAUACUGUAUACACAUUUAUAAUUAUAGCCAUGAUAAAUGUCCAUUGGGGAUGGGGGCAGGGUAAGUGUCCGUUUUGAGAGUGAAAACCUGAAAAGGGGAACAUUCUGAAACCUGGGGGGAAAAAAACAGGAGAAAACAGAAUUUGUGAAGAAACUAAACGGAAUUUGUCAAAAAAUAUUUACAGAUUUUAUAGGGCCCUAGUAAAUGUUUUGAAGUCAGUGAGUUUUGUGGUUAUUCGGGGUUCUCGGUAUGUACUCUAAAAAGGCCAGUUCACUUUCUGAUUCAAAUCUAAGAUAUUCUGUUGUGUGUGUGUGUGUGUGUGAUGUAUGUGUGUGUAGAGUAUGAGGGCGGAGCUGGAGGGGAAGAGGGACGUCCUGGUCUCCAUGGAGAUGGAGCUGGGGAAGGCGCUCCACUGGAACAGCCAGGUGGGUGGAGCCUUCCACAGGUGUGACGUGGACCUGUCCAGAUACAGCGAACAGGUCACCCAGCUGUCUGACCGCUGGAGACGCUUUCAGAGCCAGAUAGACUCUAGGUAUGGACGUCUCUUUACCUUAUCUAUCUACACCUUUCCGGUUCCUUAUGUCAUUGUCACUACUAUAGACAUAACCUACAUGACCAAAAGUAUGUAGACACCUGCUCGUCGAACAUCUCAUUCCAAAAUCAUGGUCAUUAAUAUGGAGUUGGUCCCCCCUUUGCCGCUAUAACAGCCUCCACUCUCCUGGGAAGUCUUUCCACUAGAUGUUGGAACAUUACUGCAGGGACUUGCAUCCAUUCAGCCACAAGAGCAUUAGUGAGGUCAGGCGCUGAUGUUGGGCGAUUAGGCUUGGCUCACAGUCCGCGUUCCAAUUCAUCCCAAAGGUUUUCGAUGGAGUUGAGGUCAGGGCUAUGUGCAGACCAGUCAAGUUCUUCCACACCGAUCUCGACAAACCCUUUCUGUAUGGACCUCGCUUUGUGCACGGGUGCAUUGUCAUGCUGAAACAGGAAAGGGCCUUCCCCAAACUGUUGCCACAAAGUUGGAAGCACAGAAUCGUCUAGAAUGUCAUUGUAUGCUGUAGCAUUAAGAUUUCCCUUCACUGGAACUAAGGGGCCUAGCCCGAACCAUGAAAACAGCCCCAGACCAUUAUUCCUCCUCCACCAAACUUUACAGUUGGCACAAUGCAUUGGGGCAGGUAGCAUUCUCCUGGCAUCCGCCAAACCCAGAUUAGUCCGUCGUACUGCCAGAUGGUGAAGCGGGAUUCACCACUCCAGCCGACGCUUGGCAUUGCGCAUGGUGAUCUUAAACUUGUGUGCGGCUGUUCGGCCAUGGAAACCCAUUUCAUGAAGCUCCCGACGAACAGUUCUUGUGCUGACGUUGCUUCCAGAGGCAGUUUGAAACUCGGUAGUGAGUGUUGCAACCGAGGACAGACGAUUUUUAUGCACUUCAGCGCUUUAAAAAAUCUAUUUACAAAAAUGGUGUUUUGCUUCUCCUUUAUGUCAGACUGAGGGACCUAGAGGGGUAUCUCCAGCUGCUCCAGCAGUACACAACCACUAGCUCAAUCCUCAGUGAGUGGAUUGGUGCUACGCGUCAGACACAGGACGCGCUGCAGGCCACCAAGAUAGACAGCAUCACAGCCCUGGAGGAACACCUCAACCAGCAGAAGGUCAAUCAGUCAAACAAACAAACAGUCCAGUUGUUCAAUGUCUAUUAGAGUCAAUAUAACCAACAUAUUAAUGUAUUUGUGUUAAUGUAUUUGUGUGUCUGUCUAGGUGCUGACCUCUGAGAUCAAGGGGAAGAGGGAGAGUGUGAAGAGUGUUCUGAGAUACACUGACGCCUGUGUCAACUCCAUCAAGGUACAGACCGUUUCUGACACAUUAUAUCUGACAGUACCGGACUGUCCUAACAUUUAUGUGAUGUUAUAAAGAUGUUUGUAUUGUACAUCUGCUUUAAUGUGACUGUAUGUUUUAGGACUAUGAGCUGGAGUUGGCCUCAUACAGUGCAGGUCUGGAGACUCUACUAAACAUCCAUAUGAAGAGGACCAUGCUACAAUCUCCUUCUGCUCAACUCACCGAGGAGGUAACAGUAAUCGCAACAUCCAGUCAACAAAGAUACUUUAAAAUGUGUAUCUACAUGUCUGUUACACAACCACACACAACCCACUCAGUAUCUACAGUGCCUUCAGAAAGUAUUCACACCCCUUGACUUUUUCCACAUUUUGUCAUGUUACAAGGUGGGAUUAAAAUUGAUUUAAUUGUCAUUUUUUUGUCACUGAUAUACACAAAAUACUCUAACGUCAAAGUGAAAGAAAAAUUCUAACAUUUGUCAAAAAAUAAUAAUAAUGAAAAAUAAAACACUAAUAUAUCUUGAUUACAUAAGUAUAAGUAUUAAACCUCAUAAGUCAAUACAUGUUAGAAUCACCUUUGGCAGUGAUUACAGCUGUGAGUCUUUCUGGGUAAGUCUCUAAGAGCUUUGCACACCUAGAUUGUACAAUAUUUGCAUAUUAUUAUUUUUAAGUUGGUUGUUGAUCAUUGAUCAUUGACAUAGAUUUUCAAACCGAUUUAAGUCAAAACUGUAACUAGGCGACUCGGGAACAUUCAAUGUCAUCUUGGUAAGCAACUCCAGUGUAUAUUUGGCCUUGUGUUUUAGGUAAUUGUCCUGCUUAAAGGUGAAUUUGUCUCCCAGUGUCUGUUGGAAAGCAGACUGAACCAGAUUUUCCUCUAGGAUUUUGUUAGCUCUAUUCAGUUUAUUUGUAUCCUAAAAAACUCCUUAGUCCUUGCCAAUGACAAGCAUACCCAUAACAUGAUGUAGCCACUACCAUGCUUGAAAAUAUGAAGAGUUGUACUCAGUGAUGUGUUGUGUUGGAUUUGUCCCAAACAGAACACUUUGUAUUCAGGACAUAAAGUUCAUUACUUUGCCACAUUUUUUGUAGUUUUACUUUACCGCCUUAUUGCAAACAGGAUGCAUGUAUAUUUGUAUUCUGUACAGGCUUCCUUGAUCCAUCCUCAGUUUUCUCCUAUCACAGCUGUUUCGCGAGCUGGGUUCGGCAGCUUUGUCGUAUCCGGAGUACUGCUGCCCCGAUCUAUGUUUCAUGUUCGUUUGGUUUGGUCUGAUGUUACACUGUGUCUAGUGUUUGUUCUAUUUAAUUUCAUGUGUUGGGGUAUUGUUUCGCUGUAGGUUGUGCGCUUUGUUUGCCUUGGAGCAUUUUCCUCCUCUGUGUAGGAUGUUAUUACGCACUGUUGGUGCGCUUUGGUUUUCGCUUGUUGCGGACUUCUCGCUCCGGCGUUGACGUAUUUGAGUGUCGUCCUAAAUCUGACUUACUUUUGCGUCUCAUCUGAUCGCACCACCCCCCUCAGCACCAUGACACAGCCAUUAAACUGUAACUGUUUUUUAACAGUCAACCACAGUGCUCAUGGUGAAAUCCCUGAGUGGUUUCCUUCCUCUCCGGCAACUGAAUUAGGAAGGACGCCUGUAUCUUUCUAGUGACUGGGUGUGUUGAUACACCAUCCAAAGUGUAAUAAUAACUUCACCAUGCUGAAAGGGAUAUUCAAUGUCAGUUUUUUUCGGGGGGGGGGGGGUUUCAUCUACCAAUAGGUGCCCUUCUUUGCAAGGCAUUUGAAAACCUCCCUGGUCUUUGUGGUUGAGUCUGUGUUUAAAAUGCACUGCUCGACUGAGGGACCUUACAGAUAAUUGUAUGUGUGGGGUAUAGAGAUGAGGUAGUCAUAACAAAUCAUGUUAAACAGUAUUAUUGUGUAUUAGUCCAUGCAACUUAUUAUGUGACUUGUUAAGCACAUUUUUUACUUAUUUAGGCUUGCCAUAACAAAGGGGUUGAAUACUUAUUGACUCAAGACAUUUCAGCUUUUAGAUUUUUAAUUCACAAUUAUUUAUUUUUUUAAACAAUUCCACUUUGACAUUAUGGGUUAUUGUGUGUAGGGAGUCAUAUUGUAGCUCAAUUAAAGGCUUUGGAUAAAAGCGUCUGCUAAAUGGCAUAUUAUUAUUAUAAUUAUUAUAUUAAAUUCGUCCCAGUGUGAAAUAGUUCCCAAUCGUUCUGAUUGUGACGUCAUGUUGUAAAAUUUCUCACAGCGUGAAAAUGUUCCCAGUUCAAUAAUUACACGUGCGUCUCUUUAUGUGGAUGGCUGAGCUCGUGCAGAUGUUUCUCUCACACCCUCCCUCACCCUUGAUUUAGCUAGCUAACUAACUAUCUAACAAAUAUAUGCACUGUCAAUCAAAAAAGUAGCGCCCAGGUCUUUGCAAUCGCAAAGAAUCUCUUCUCAAAUCAACCCUCAGCACUUUGAUGCGUGAAUCCGGGUAUUUAAAUGCUGACCUCACGUCUCAACAAGCUUCUGAUUGGUCAGUGUCAAUACUCAGCCACCAUUGAUUGGCAGAUGUGUGAAGCAUAUUCGCGUGCUCACAGAAUACGUUUUCGAGGUCGAGGGAGGGUGUGAGAUGGAGGCAUCCGCACGAGCUUAGCCAUCCACAUAAAGAUACGCGUGUGCAAUUAUUGAACCGGGAAAAUAUUCACGCUGGGAGAAAUUUUACAGCAUAACGUCACAAUCAGAACACGAUCAGAACAAUUGGGAACUAUUUCACGCUGGGAAGAUUCUUACAUGACAUAGGGCAGUGACACAAAAUCUCAAUCUAAUCCAUUUGAAAUUCAAGGGUGUGAAUACUUUCUGAAGGCACUGUAUGUCUCUCUCUUUGUGGUUUGUGUCAUUGUGUGUCUCUAUUGUUAACUGUGCAUUGUUUGCCUUUCUUUCCCAGGCUACGUUGCUGCAGACCCGUUACAUAGAGCUGCUCACCCUGUCUGGUGACUACUACAAAUACCUGGGAGAACUACACAAUAACAUGGAGGUGCUCAAGGUACUGAGAGGAACCACAUGGAACUGGAGAUUCAAUCUGUUCUGCUAUGUUUUUACAACAAUGAGCUUUUAGACCACAUGUGUGAAACACAAGGCCCGUGACACUCAUUUUAUCCGGCCUGCGCAAUGAUUUGGGUUGUCAAUUCAUUUUCGCCUGCUUCUAUAGAGCCCGCGAUGCGCUGCCCUACAAGUCACAGCAACCACUGCCAACGUCCUGCCACACACACACCCCUCCUCCCAGACCCACACACACACCUCCACACAAGCCAGCCAGUGUACUGUAUCACAUCAUCACUAAUGGCACUGACCGAGUCUACUACCGGACCGAAAGUUUAAAGGUGUUGUAGGCUAAAUGACCAUGCCAAGUUUCGGUUCCAACGGGUCAUUGCUGUAGCCUACAGAAAAUGUCAUCUUGGUUGUCAAAAAGUUAUAAGAUAAAGGAUUCACACACGGGUAUAAAUUACUGCUAAAGGACAAUAGGACACACAAGCAAGUAUAAAUGAGUUAACAGUUGAGUGAUCUACUUUAUGAAAUUACAGCCUGUUGUCCUCCCAUUGGUGAAAUCAAGGUCAAUCGUGCUGCUUUCGUGUGUCCCAUUUACCGUGUGCAGCGGAGGCAAAGUGUACAGACACAUGCCACAGUCCUAGCUAGGAUACUAAGAUGUUGCAGUCUGUCUUAGGUUUUAAAAGCUUGACAAUGAAUAACCCAAAAACUAAAUCUGCAACUAAACACCAUGCAAAGGAGAAACAUGUAGGCGUAUUACAGCAAUGUUUGAGCAGUAGCCUAGGCUGGCUACUCAACUACAAUACAUUUUGAGUGGCCAUACAGCAAUACUGCAUUCAAACGAACUGCAAAAAUCUCUGAAGCUGGAGACUCUUAUCUCCCUCACUAACUUUAAGUGUCAGUUGUCAGAGCAGCUUACCGAUCACUGCACCUGUACACAGCCAUUCUGAAAUUAGCCCACCCAACUACCUCAUCCCCAUAUUGUUAUUUAUUUUGCUAAUUUGCACCCCAGUAUCUCUAUUUGCACAUCAUCUUUUGCACAUCUAUCAUUCCAGUGUUAAUACGAAAUUGUAACUAUUUUGCACUAUGGCCUAUUUAUUGCCUUACCUCCAUAACUUAGUACAUUCGCACACACUGUAUAUAUAUUUUCUGUUUGUAUUUUUGACUUUAUGUUUUGUUUACCCCAUAUGUAACUCUGUGUUGUUGUUUUUAUCGCACUGCUUUGCUUUAUCUUGGCCAGGUCGCAGUUGUAAAUGAGAACUUGUUCUCAACUGGCUUACCUGGUUAAAUAAAGGUGAAAUAAAAAUAAAAUAAAAAAAGUGAUCCAUGCAGUGCAAAAAAAUGAAAAACAUGUUUUAAGUUUAAAUGUUACAACAACCUAGCAACAUUAUUUUGUUAUUUGGAGCUAUUAAAUACAUUUUGGUUAGGGUCGCAGCAUAUUAUACACAUCUGCAAGGAUAGCAGCAAAGGCUGGACAAAUAUAAUUAACCUCUUUUGUUUUAAUAUGUUAAAAAUGCUAUAUACAGGAUCCUAUGUACAGUCAUGGCCAAAGAUAUUGGCACCCUUGCACUUUUUUCUAAUAAUGCACAAUUUCUUCCAGAAAACUGUUGAAAUCUAAAAAUAUUUUGGUAUUCACAAAUGUAUGUCUUUGGUUUGCAGUUGAACAACACAAAAAAAACAGAAUAAUUUACUAAAUGUUAGCUUAUUCCACAAAGAAAUCAGAAAAUGGCCAGGCCAAUAUUAUUGGCACCUUCUAGAAGUAGUUAGAAAUAAUUAGAUUUCAAGCAGGUGAUUCUCCUUUACUUUGGAAUUGAACUCACCUAUGGUGAGAUCCUCAAAAAAUUAUACAGCUGCACCAUCGAGAGCAUCCUGACUGGUUGCAUCACCGCCUGGUAUGGCAACUGCUUGGCCUCCGACCGCAAGGCACUACAGAGGGUAGUGCGUACGGCCCAGUACAUCACUGGGGCCAAGCUUCCUGCCAUCCUGGACCUCUAUACCAGGCGGUGUCAGAGGAAGGCCCUCAAAAUUGUCAAAGACUCCAGCCACCCUAGUCAUAGACUGUUCUUUCUGCUACCGCACGGCAAGCGGUACUAAUCAUGGCUACCCGGACUAUUUGCACUGCCCCCCACCCCCACCCCCCACCCCAUCUUUUUACGCUGCUGCUACUCUGUUAAUUAUUUAUGCAUAGUCACUUUAAUUCUACCCACAUGUCCAUAUUACUUCAACUACCUCAACUAGCCGGUGCCCCCGCACAUUGACUCUGCACCGGUACCCCCCUGUAUAUAUAGCCUCCCUACUGUUAUUUUAUUUUACUUCUGCUCUUUUUUUCUCAACACUUUUUUGUUGUUGUUUUAUUUUACUUUUUUUAUUAAAAAUAAAUGCACUGUUGGUUAAGGGCUGUAAGUUGUAUUUGGCGCAUGUGGCCAAUAAAAUUUGAUUUGAUUUUAUUUUAUUUGAGGUGCCGGCAAUAUAAAAAUCACUCAACCACUGUGUGUACCACAAUGAGCAUGGAGAAAAUAAAGAAAACCAGAGAAUUCUCUGAGGAGGUCAGACACAAGAUGGUAGCCAAGCAUGAACAAUCUCAAGGCUACAAGUCCAUCUCCAGAGACCUUGAUGUUCCUAUUUCCACCGUAAGUAAUGUUAUCAAGGCCCAUGCCACUGUAGCCAACUACCCUGGACGUGGCCGCAAGAGAAAACUUGACGGAAGAUUGCAGCGAAGGAUUGUUUGAAUGGUGGAGAAAGCACCUCAAUCAACUGCCACACAGAUUCAAGCUGACCUUCAGACACAAGGUACGACAGUUUCAACUCGCACCAUCUGUCGCCAACUCAAUGAAAGGGGGUUAUAUGGUAGGAGACCCAGGAGGACCCCACUGUUGAGUGGGAGACAUAAUAAAGCCAGACUGCAAUUUGCCAAAAUACACCUGAACAUGCCAAAAUCCUUCUGGGAGAAUGUCCUGUGGACAGAUGAGACCAUAUUAGAGCUUUUUGGUGAAGCACACAAUCUCUAUGUUUACAGAAAACAAAAUGAAGCCUUCAAAGAAAAUAACACCUUCCCUACAGUGAAACAUGGAUGAGGUUCAGUGAUGUUUUGGGGUUGCUUUGCUGCCUCUGGCACUGAGUGACUUGAACGUGUGCAUGGUAUUAUGAAAUCAGGAGAAUAACAAGGCAUUUUAGUGUGUCAUGUCAGACCCAAUUUCAGAAAGCUGGGUCUCUGUUGAAGGUCAUGGGUCUUCCAGCAGGACAAUGACCCCAAAGAUACUUCAAAAAGCACCCAGGAAUGGUUCAAGAUAAAACGCUGGACUGUUCUGAAGUGGCCAGCAAUGAGUCCAGAUCUAAAUCCCAUUGAAAACAUGUGGAGAGAUCUAGGCACCUUUCAAAUCUGGGAGAACUGGAGCAGGUUGCACAAGAAGAAUGGGCCAAACUGCCAGUACAGAGGUGCAGGAAGCUCAUUGAUGGCUAUAGGAAGCUAAGCGCUUGGUUGCAGUUAUUUUGACCUAGUUUAGGGUGUCAAUAAUUUUGUCAAUGCCAUUUCUGUUGAUUUUCUGAUUUAAAUGGAUAUAUUACGUUCUGUAAAAAAAAAUAAAAAAAAGGUUAUGUAAUAUUAACAGUGAAAUAAAGAAUUGUGGAAACCAAAUACUUUGGUCAAUUUCAACUUAUUUUUUAUGGAAAAUUGUGAGUUACUUGAAAAAAGUGCAAGGGUGCCAAUAUUUUUCGCCACGAUGGUACAUAAAUGGACAUUAUAAAGGGACAUAUUUUUUUAUAAUAAAUUAAUAGCGAGUUGGGUCACAGUUGUAUGCAAAUUUUUUUAAUAGGGUAUGUCUGGCCCACAAACUCGUUGUGUUUUUUCAAUAUGGCCCUUGCGCUGAUUGAGUUUGACACCCCUGUUUUAGACCUUGUAGGUGUUUCAUUAUAGUUUCAAGUUUAUAUGCCAAGUUGCAAUUAAUACAUUGGAAAUCUUACUUUGCAUUAUUAUCCACUGUACCUCACACCUGACCCUAAUCCUUCCUUUUCCACCUGUAGAUGCGUAACACCAGGAUCGACCUGUUGGAGGAGGAGCUACGGCUGCUCAAAGGGGACAUUGAGGACCACAACGCUAAGAACAGUUCUCUGGAGGAGGCAUUAGCUCGCUACCAGCUGGAGCUGUCCCAGUCGCAGGAGCAGCUCCUGUCUGUGGAGGAGGUGAAGAGGAGCACGGCCCUGCAGUGCAGCGCCACCCAGGAAUCCCUGGCCUCCACCCACGGCCAACUGAAGGAGCUGCAGGAGCAGGUGGCCCGCUUCACCUCCCUCAUCGAGGAGGAGAAGAGGAAGAGGAGGAUGGCGGAUGAGCGCUAUGGGGAGCAGCAGGAUGAGCACGAGCAGGUGCUGAGGAGUAGGCAGAAGGAGUUGGAGGAGGCCAACUGGGCAAAGAUGGAGGUAGAGAAGAGCGUGGGGGACCGGGAGAGGGAGGCAGAGAGGUUAAGGAAGCAGCUGGAGGAGGAGGUGCGACACUGCAAGGAGCUGGAGCAGGAGUUGUCUAAGGUAAAGAGACAGUGCAGUGUGGAGAUCAGUAACCUAAAGCUCAGCUACGAGUCCCAGAUCACCAUCUGCAGGACGAACAUCCAGCACCUGUCAGCCCAGAGGGAGGAGGUGGACCAGGGCAUCAGGUUGCAGUGUGACCGGCUAGAGGCUGAUAGGAGGGACCAGGAGGACCAGCUCAGGAGGCUGAAGGUGUCUCUGAGUCAGGCCGAGGAGCAGAGGAAGACGGCGGAGGAGGAGGCCCAUUCUCAGAGGUCUGUGGUCACAGAGGAGGCGCGGAGGAGAAGGGAACUGGAGGCGCAGGUGGAGAUAUUAGUCAGGCAGAAAGGGGAGGACAGUAGUCAGUAUAGAGAGGAGGUGUCAGAGCUCACCAAGGCCCUGAAGGAGAGUAGCGGACAGCUGGUCCUCCUCACACACAGCCUGGAGGAGGAGCAGAGGAGGAGGAGAGCCUUGGAGGAGGAGAGGACCAGGAUAGAGCUGCUCCUGGGGGAGAUUCAGGGCAAGCAGACCUCCCCCUCCCAGGCCGUGACCCGGCUGAGUGAGGUGGAGGAGGAGCUGGUUAGUAUGUGUACAGAGUUUAAGAAGGUGAGCAGUGAGAAGAACAAGGCAGAGCAGAGUGUAGCCAGGUUACAAGGACGUGUCAAGGAGCUGCAGGCUACUCUUGAUAGGCUAGAUGGGGAGGUGGAGGCUUUGAGGAGAACCAGCCAGGAGGAGGUGAUCAAGAGAAGGCACGUGGAGACAGAGCUCCAGAAAACCACCCACACCAUGCGGGAGUACACCAGCACCAUCACCACCCUGCGUCGCAGUCAGGAGGAGGCCCAAACCGUGGGGAGGAGGGGCGAGGAGGAGCACAGGAAACUCCAGGAGGAGCUAGAGAGGAGGUUGAAGGAGUUCAAAGCCUCCACGGAGCGUCUGGCGUCUCUGAGCUCCGAGUUGAAGUCACUCCAACAGCAUCUCCUCCAGGAGCAGGCUAAGGUCCGCGAGGCUAAUCUCCGCAAUGAAACACUCUACAAGACCAUCGAGGAGAAGAGCCGAGUGCUCAACGAGAGCUCGGUAGAACUCGAGCGUCUCCAGACCCUGACCCAGACCCUGACCAAAGAGCGACUGCGGCUCGAGGAGGAGUUGAGGGGGGUGAAACAUGAGAGGGAGGAGCUGCUGAGGACCAGACAGGGGGCUGAUGACGAGCUGGUGGCCCAGAUCACUGGCCUGGAGCUGCAGCUGAAGAGCAGCUCGAAAAGCAGCCUGGAUACCCAGAGCCUGGUGGCAGAGCUCAGGAUGGAGAUAGAGCAACUCCAGAGUCAGGCCUUUGAGGUACUUGUCUUGAACCUUAGAGGUUAAUGUCGGACUGUUUUGUGUUUCUCCAAAUCAGACUAUACUGAUUUAGUUAGUUGGUGCAAUAGCUUUAGCUAGCUGCAGACAAUGGUUUCUAUUGCAUGCUGGCAAACCUCAUGUAGAUGCCUGCCUUUGCUUGUUUAUUGUGAAACACAUCCAAGGCAUGCAUCCUUAUAUGUGUUGAGAUUUGCAUUUUCAAUCGAAAGAUUUAAGAAAGAAAACUCAUGCAAACGCAAUCUGUGCAUCCUAUAUGCUUGCCCUCACCAAACUGCUGUCACACACCCCUGCCCACAACUAGAUACUUCCUCUGUUGAUUUACCAAUCAUCAUGCUUUUUUGCCUUUGCUUGUUUUGUCUACAAUGAUCCACAGUGUCUACAUCAUCACUGGUCUUGUCCUCUGGUCUUAAUUUAGUCUCUGUCAUAGUAGUUGUGUGUAUUGUCGUGUUCAUGUCUUUAGUAAUAUUAGUAGAUAGAUUUUCCUUUGUCUAGUAAACUAGUAGUCAGGCCUAGUCUACAGGAUCUGUCUAUUUCCUUUGAAUGUACAGGAAACCAAUUGCACUCUUUAUAUCUGUAUGAAUUGUUUCCAUGUUGGGGAAUUCUGGUAAUCUAUUCCUUUACUCAUAUCAUUUUAAUUGACCAAUGAUAAUUGCUCAUUGUCAAUGUGUGGGUAAGUUAUUGGAGCUGUGUUUUGUUUUUCAAUAACAGAGCACGCUGUCACAUGUUCUUAUUGUAAAUGCCAAAUCACAGAAUACUGUGACAUUUUUAAAGAAAAUAAUUAAUUAUUAUUCUAAAACGAAUCACUCAACUAAUAUAUAUAUAUAUUUUGCAGGUGAACGUUUAUUGUCAUGAGUCUUGUCCUGGAGGCAGAACUGAGUGAUUUCCGUUUAGAUAGGCCAGCUGCAAAAUCAAAAUGGACUAUAUUGUAAACAUUUAUGAAAACAGAAAUGUGCUUAGGGGAACCGUUAGGCAUUCGGGUUAGCAGUGUGGUUAAGGUUAGGGUUAAGGUUAGGUUUAAAAUCAGAUUUUAUGACUUUGUGCCAGUUAGUGACCACUCUGCAGACCUGCCUCAAGAACAAGAUUCAUGAUGAAAAACGCUAACCUGCUAAUAUUUUGCCCCUUCGUCUGUCUAUCUGUCUAUCUCUCAUCCACCCCUCUGUCCCUCUCCCUCCUUCUCUUCCUCUCUCUCUCCCUCGACCCUUCUCCCCCCCCCCCCCCCCCCCCCCCCCCCCCCCCCCCCCAUCUCUCCCCAUCCAGACAUCCUGUCUGAUUCAGUCCACCCAGACCCAGUACAAUGAGAUGGUGAUGGAGAGAGAUGCUCUGCUGUUGAAGCUUAAGCAGACAAAUCAGGACAGAGUUCGCUCCCAGAAGCUAGAGGAAGAGCUGAACCACAUCAAAGUCUCUCUUGAGUCCGAGUUACGCAUCAAAAUGCGCCUGCAGGAGGAUAACAAGAAGGUGUUUAUUGUUGAUUUCACUUUGCUGUCUAGAGGCAAUCUUAUAUAUGUAUUUUAAAUUUGAUUCAUUAAUCCAUUCCUUCAUUUAUCCAUCCAUCCAUCCAUUGAUCCAUUAAUUAAUUCAUGUAUUAUUCAUCCAUCAAUUCAUCCAUUCAUUCAUCCAUUCAGGUCAAGAAGGACAUCCUGUACUGGAAGGGCCAGUACGAGUCCAAGGAGGGCGCGGUGAGGCAGUUUAACUCAGAGAAGGAGAAGCUGGAGCAGGAGAGGGGCUCUCUGAAGACUGAGAUAGAGCGGUUGAUGAGAAAGCUGAGGGAGGUGGAGGAGCGUUAUAAGAGCAGGCUGCUGAUCACCCAGACCCAGCUCUCUGAUCUCACCUCCAUCAGAGACUCCCUGGAGGCAGAGUUGAGGAAACUCAGGGAGCAGCCCUACGCCUUCGCCAAACACACCCAGAUGGACGAGAGCGGAAAGAAAGACCUGGACCCUGCCACGCUGGUCUUUGAUGGCGUCCGCAAAAUGGUGACGGCCAAGCAGCUGCUGGACUGUGGGGUCAUCAACAAGGUGACUUACGGACAGCUCCUGAAGGGUCAGAAGACCGUCCGCGAGGUGUCUGUGGACAUCAAACUCAAUCUAAAGGGGACUGGGGUUAUCUCUGGUGUGGCUGUGGGCCCUCAAGGUAAAAUGUCCCUCACAGAGGCCAAGAGAGACAAUAUCCUCUCUGAAGUCAGUGCCACCUUGCUGCUAGAGGCCCAAGCUGCCACAGGCCACAUAGUGGAUCCCAGAGCCAAUGAGAAGAUGACAGUGCAGGAGGCAUGUAGGAGAGGAGUGGUAUAUGAGGAGGACAGAGAGAGGCUGCUGAUUGCGGAGGCUGCCUGUCUGGGGUACCGCGACCCCAACACCACCAAGCCCCUGUCAGUAGGCCAGGCUAUGAGGAAGGGCCUGAUUGAUAGAGACACAGCUCUACGGAUGCUCCAGGCACAAGAAUCAGUAGGGGGAAUCAUAGACCCUGUCCUCAGUGUCUUCCUCCCUAAAGACGCAGCCAUGGACCGGGACCUGAUCGACGAGGAUCUGUACCGGGCCUUGAAACAACAACCUGAGUGUUACUUGGACCCAGACACCCAGAUGGGAGCCAGCUACAUCUCCCUGAAGAGGAGAUGCAAGGCCGAACCCACCACAGGUCUCCUGAUCCUCCCUGCCCCAGAGAAGGCCAUGACAGUGAAGGGUCUCAGGGGAGAGGUGUCUGUCACAGACCUGAUGGAUGCUAACCUCUUGGAGAAAUCUGACAUGGACCAACUGAAGGAAGGCAAACUGACCAGCCAGGAUAUCGAGGACCGGCUGAGGUCGUACCUCCGUGGCUCCACCUGCAUUGCGGGGGUCUACCACGAGGCCAACAACAAGACCUUGUCCAUCUACCAGGCCAUGAAGGAAGGGUUACUGAAGCCCAGCACCACCCUGGAGCUCCUCAAAGCCCAGGCCGCCUCCGGAUUCAUGAUCGACCCCGUCAACAACCUCUGUCUGACCGUGGCCAAUGCCUACAAGAGGGGCCUGGCUGGGCCGGAGUUCAAAGACAAACUGUUGUCUGCAGAGAGGGCCGUCACCGGGUACAAAGACCCAGGCACGGACAAGAUCAUCUCCCUGUUCCAGGCCAUAGAGAAGGGGCUGAUCGAGAAGGGACAUGGGAUCCGUCUACUGGAGGCUCAGAUCGCCAACGGGGGCAUCAUCGACCCCAGACACAGCCACCGCAUCGAGGUGGUGACUGCCUAUAAGAAGGGCUACUUCAGCAAGGAAAUGAACCAGAUCCUGAAAGACGAAGGGGACGACUCCAAGGGCUUCUUCGAUCCCAACAACCAGGACAACCUGACUUACCUCCAGCUAAAGAAACGCUGCAUCAUAGACCAGAAGACUGGCCUGGUUCUCCUCUCCGUCAAGAAGAAGAAGGAGCCGCCUCAGCCCACCACCCAGAAGAUCACUCUAAGGAAGAGGAGUGUGAUGAUUGUAGACCCAGACACCAAUAAGGAGAUGUUGGUGAAGGAAGCGUACGACAAGGGGCUCAUCGACUACGAGACGUUCCUGGAGCUGUCACAGCAAGAGUGUGAGUGGGACGAGAUCACUAUCACCACCCAGGAUGGAUCCACGCCAUUGGUCAUCAUCGACAGAAAGACGGGGAUCCAGUAUGACAUCAGCGAGCUGCUGGAGAAGAGGGUGAUCGACCAAUCAUUGUACGACCAGUACAGAUCGCAGAUGAUUACUCUCACGCAGUUUGCUGACAUCAUCACUAGCAAGACCAAAACAAACAGAUCCUCUGCCUCGUCUUCCUCCUCCUCAUCAUCAACAUCAUCAUCCAAAGCCAGAGCAUCAUCAGCAGCAACAUCAGCAGAAGCAUCCUCAUCCUCCCUGUCUUCAUCAACCACCUACUCGCAACUGAUCACUUCAACAUCAUCUACUUCCAUCAAGGCUGAGAAGACGAGCUCCAUCAUUGGCAGCUCUACCAUUGGACGCUCCUCUACUGGAAACUCCAUUGGUGGCUGCUCCACCAUCACCAGAUCCACCACUAGCAGCUCCUCUACCCAGCCCGACGGCCCUUCCUCUCCCAGCUCCCUGAAGCAUAUCGGCAGUAUCUCUGUCUCCCUGGCUGGCCCUGCUGAAGCUGUGGUCUUGGAUGGGGACCAGAGCCCUGUGGGCGCCAUCUUUGACAUGGAGGCCCUGGAGAAGAUCUCCAUCUCCGAGGCUCAAAAACGUGGGCUGGUGGACAGCAUUUCUGCCCAGAGACUACUGGAGGCCCAGGCUUGCACCGGAGGCAUUGUAAACCCUUCCGAUGGCCGGCGCCUGUCCACCCAGGAGGCCUCCCGUCAGGGGAUCAUCGAGAACGACAUGGCUACCAGGCUGAAGCCCGCCCAGAAGGCCUACAUCGGGUUUGAAGACAUCAAAUGUAAACGCAAGAUGUCCGCUGCUGAGGCCAUGAGGGAGAAUUGGCUUCCCUAUGAGGCGGGCCACCGCUUCCUGGAGUUCCAGUUUGUUACCGGAGGCCUGUACGACCCAGAGCUGGGCUGCAGGAGGACCAUCGAGGAAGCUCUCAAAGAGGGCUGGCUGGAUGGAAGAGGGGCCCAGAAGCUCCAGGACAUGAGGCACCAUGCCAAGAACCUGACCUGCCCCAAGACCAAGCUGAAGAUCUCUUAUAAAGAAGCGAUGGAUAACUGCUUGGUGGAGGAGAAUACAGGAGUCAAGAUUCUGCAGGCUGCCUCUGCCUCCUCCAGAGGGAUCAGUAGUCUGUGCAACUUCUCCGCUCCUGGGUCCACCUCGGGCCCCAGGACCGGGUCGAGGGCGGGCUCUCGGAGAGGCAGCGUGGACCUGGGGUCAUCUGGCUCCUCCAAGUGA